GCCAAAAAGUUAGAUAUAAGGAGUACUUAACAGGCUUUUCCCCCACUUUCUCCUUAGCCGUUUCUCUCGCACUCUCUCUCUCUCUAUCUCUUUCUUCCUAGUUGUCUGCCACCGCCCACCUCCACGGCUGCCACCGCCCAUUGGCCCAUUUCCCUGUUGUCUGCCACCACCCAUCGGCCCAUUUCCCCGACGUCUGCCACAGCCCACCUCCCCUCACCACCCACCGGCCUAUUUCCCUCCCCAUUUUAACGGAUCCAUGACUAUCGGUGCUCCGCCUCCUCCAAGACGAAGUCGUGGUCGUGCCCGUGUGUCAUAGGCGUGCUCUUCUUUCUCUCUUCUCUCUCGCAGUGGAAUAUAAUUCUCAGAUAUUUUUCGCCUGUGCGACGUCUAAGGUUACCCUUAACCUUCGACCAGCCUUCACACAUAUUAGAGUAUAGCGACAGUCCGUUGCGUGUCCUCGACACUGAAACUCGCUAGCGCGACAUCUAAACGCCUCCCUGCGCUGCACCGCGUGCCCUUGCGCUUGCUUAUCCAGAAUGCCUAUACUCAUUGAGGUUCUCGGCACUCGUGCCUUAGUGUCUCGCACACAAUCUCGGAACCUGCCGGAGCAUUGCUCAAUGGCAAGGAGCAUCCUCGCUCCGCCUCAGCAUUACGGCGCUACGCAUGCGCCCGCAAUGCCCAUCUCAUGCCCAACACUCACUCGGUACAUUCUAGGCGCUAGCCCUCGUCAUGGCCGCCUUCUAUGCCUCGCCCGAGUAGGACCGAAUCAUAAGUUCGAGACCCAAUCGAUAUGUUGAUAUCUUGCGUUAUCUCACACGGCAUGCCUUCUUGCCCUUCGGCUUUGGCUUCAUAAUAUGCCCACAGUGCGGUGUCGUCCCACGAUCACUCAUCUUUAGCCAACGGAUCCCCAUUUCAUGAGUCAGAUAAUGAGGUCUUGAAAUGCUUACCUCGAUCACCCAUUCGCACAAGAGGCGUUGCGCCCUGAUAUCUUGCAGCCCGCGGGGCAACCUUGCGAGUCACACGGAGCCUCUCGGCAGUAUCGGCGCCCAAUGUAGGCCAUCCUGGUCCUACGCUGCCCGUUAGGUUUCCAAGCCCUUCGGGGACUCUAGCGCUCCUCUUUAAGCUGCCUAGAGCUGGCUCUUGAAGGCCCCCAUCAUGCCUCCAAGAGAAUGCUCAUUUAAUGCAAAUGUCUUCUCAUGCUACUGCCGUAGUGCACGGAGAUGGCUGGCUGGAGCUCACCACUGCAGGUCCCCCUUAUAAUAAGCUUAAAAAGAUUUUCUCUUGCUCGAAGAGUAGAACACUCAAAGGGCCGAGGAGUGCACUUUUCAGCAUCUUCUUCGACCGACGUCCAAAUCACGUCCCGCUUGAAUCGUAGUGUAGCCUACGACUUGCACAUCAUCACGAUAGAGUUUCAGUCUCAUCCACACAUCCAUGGCUAAGGAAUUGUCUCCACAAUGCUCUAAAACUACAGUCUCGCCUCUGCACUUGCAGACUCUAAACAUCGUUGUCGUUUUCUACCGGAACCGAACCGUCUACAUUUGAAACAUCUUGGAGGUGCUCCCAGCACUCCAAGGAUCUUGCCAAUGAAACAGUAUUGCAAAUCUCAAGGAUAAAACACUUUGCUUUGCACAAUUCUCUCCUGUUCGCGCACAGGGUGGCGCUCAAUCAUCGCCCUUAUAUCUCCGUGGCCAAAUGUCCUCGGAAUGACUUCAUACUUGGCGGACAGCAUUCCCACACAUCAAGAAAGUUCCCAUACGAACAGUAUUGCGAUCCGCAAUCGGUAAGAGUCUCUGCUCGAAGAGCGUAUGCGCCCUUGCGUGCUAGCCGGCAUUCCCUAACACCCCGCACGUCUUCCACAAGUCACUACCAACCGUCUAGCCUAAAGUGCGGCCAAUGACACCGUGGCCCUCCCAAACCUUCUCCCGUUGUUGGUGCGGAUGCACCCACACCACCCCUACCACCAAAGCUUUCAUUCGUGUCGCCGACCAUGACUGUAGAUCCCGACACAACGGGGUCACCUGCACCAGGGGCGAGCUGUUCACAACCGCCCCCCCCCCAGGCUAUGGGAUGCACCACAACCAGCACCACCAGCAUCUCAACGACAUUAUAUCAGCCUCCGGGAUGUCCCGAGGUCAAUGUUCAAGGUCGUCAACUCGCAGGCGGGUAAGUUCCUACGGAAGUGGUUCGCAAACGCCAGAAAUUAGUUGGCCCGACCACUGUGGUUGGCCGAAGAUAUCUUGCGCCAGCUAUUGGAGUAUUGUGAGACCCCAGAUUUUCAAUCACAGUCGGCGAAAAAUAAGGCGAAAGGGGCAGCCAAUCGAGACGCAACUACUUCCAUCUACCGUGGGAGGUCGUCCUCCUUUAGGGCGCACAAUCGUAAAAUGGAGGCAACCGUCAAACAGAUGGAGGUGCUCGAGAAGUGUUAUAAAAAGAAGAAAGACGGCCUAUGGAGUGGUCCGAGGGCAACGGAUGUCGCGUUGUUCUUGAGAAUGAAGGAAGAACGCCAGAACCAACCAAAUAGUAAACAAGAUCCUCAAUUAUCCUCUUAAGGCUUGGUGGCCCUAAAUGACCAACAUGUGUGAUUGUCAGCAGUGUGGGAGCGAAAGAGGGGCCGAGUAUUCGGUCUCGGCUCUGAGGCCCACCAUACGAUUGCUGGACCAUCACAGCCCAGCAUGUCCACUGCUCCAUCGCCCUCGCCACCACAACUGCCACGAUCCGACCUUGAUGAUCGGGUCACGAGGGUCGAGGAGUGGAUGCAGCAGAUGGCGAUCACCUGGCCCAAUCCUCCACCACCCCAAGUCCCAGCCUCCAUUUGAAUUCCCAACACCCAAUGAUGAGGACGGCGACGAGGAAACGCUACCGAUGG